UUCUGCCUCGCCCAUUUAUCUCCCGCCCUCUGCCUCACAGUUGCUUCUGCUGUUUGAUGGGCGCGCGCAAUUGGAACUUCCAGGAAAAGGAAAAGGGAGCGAGUGAAAGUGGAAUCAUUGCGCUAUAACAGCGUAGUGCGAUUUUCCCUUCCAAAGUGUCCAUGGCAUCUGCCUCAAGAACCAUUGCUACUGAGCUGCUGCAGCAAGGUCAUGGAAGCUGCCUGCCCCCCUGCUCACUCACCAAAGAGGAUCUGGCUGCCUAUCCUGGCCUGACAAAUCUUCUUAUGGGUCUCACUAAACACAUGGACUCCAGUGGGCUGAGUGUCAACUUGGCCCAGCAAAUGGAAGAGGCAAGGAAAGAACUGCAGAUACGAAAAGCAAGCUGGCUAAAAUGGGAGGCCCUGCACCGGCUUCUGCAGGAGGCACUAAGAGAACAAGGAACUGGCCUUCCCCCAAAGGACAGAGAAUUUCUGGAAGCCUUGGAACAGCUGCUUUUGAUAGCCGAACUGAAACGAAUGCUUGAGGUUGACCCUUCUCUGCAAAGUACACAGUCGUCUCUCUUAGGUCUGGAGCCCUCUCAUAUGCUGGAACUUCUUCCCCCAAAACAAGAGAUGGAACAAAUACAAAAGCGGCUCCCCACAGAGUUGGAAAAACAUCUUAAGUCCAAAUGCUUGGCUCUGCUCAGCUACUACCGCCCUGAAAGUGACAGUGCUAAUGAGACUGUCCGGGUUGCCAUGUCUGGGACCCUGGCGGAAAGGCUGGCCGAAGAGAAGCAGCGUCUGCAGGAGGCCAAGGAUCGACACCAAGAACUUGUGGGGCUGCUGGAGCAGCAGAAAGCCGCAUACCCACAGGUCCUGUUACGUUGUGUAGCUAUGCUGAAACGCUUGGCCCGCGAGUAUCGCCUCGGCACCCAAUCUGAACUGGACCGUCUCAACACCCACUAUCUAGAGAUCAAGUGCAGCGCCGUGUUUCUUAAGAUACGGCUUGAGGAACUGAGCAUCCUUUUGGAAACAUACACCCCUGAGAAACUUGAUGUGCAUCGAAUGAUCAGGGACAAUUUGCGGGCAACGCUAAGCCGAGAGGAGCAAAACCUAGCCACGACCCGCAAGAUCCUUUUCGACUAUGAGACACUGGACUCUGCAUUUGAGGAAUUGGUAAAAGAGUAUGCCCGACUUCAGGGCAUCAUUCACAACAGGCAAUGGAUGCUGAAGGAAUUCAACAAAGACUGAGGUCCCUAUGGGGUGUGUGGGGGAGAAGUUAUGCCCUGAAUCAAAUUCCAGUAAAUUGAAUACUGUCGAAUUUAUGUAUAAUGGUCACUUUAUAUAAUAAAACAUGUAGCAGAAUAA